ACUGCAUCGCUUUUCACUUUCAGCCAAUCAGAGCUGCGGCCGUUCUCAUCCGUUGCAUCCAUCUGAGCGGCGGCGUCACUCGCGUGAAAGCAGGUUGGCAGGUUAGGAUAGACUACGGUUAGGAGGAAACAAUGUCAUUCCAAUUCGCCAUUUACUACUUAUUUGAUAAAACACUUAAAGUGGAGAGUACGUCGCUCAUUCUUGGUGGCAUCCAGUUCACCCAAGUGGUAUCCAAGCCGGACCUUGAUGACGACACGAACUGGAUUGAAAUAAAGUGGCCUACGAGAAAAGAACCAAAGAGGACGGUGGCUGCUAAGGUUCUGUUAUUUGGAGACUCCUACAAAGAACUCGUGUCGAAAAAGAAUUCGUUCCUUCUCGGUAAGGAUAUAUGGGCCGAGGAGGAAAGCAGGGGUGUGCGCAUGAAAAAGAAAAUGUGGGAGACCGACGUAGUAAAGCCUAAAACGGCCGUGCAGGCAAAACAAACCAGGAUCAAAGAGGCAGCCAGCAACCAGGUGUUACAAAACCUAAAGGCUUCCCUGUCUCAAAAGAGGGCCCUAGACACACAAGAUCACUACUGCAGUUCUGACGAUGAAUCUCCACAAAGGGGAAAGCGAGCAAAGAUUUAUAAGGCAGCAAGACGUGUGCUUUUACCCCUGGCAUCCAGUCCCAGUUCUGAUGACGCCACAUACAUAUGGAGUCCACGACGGCAUGACAUUGACCAUGCCUCAGAUGAAGAGUUGGGUUUCUCCUCAGCCCAGAGAACGGAACUGACGGGCGAUUAUACUGAUCAUGGCAUGGCACCUGGAAUGAAUGAAAUCAUGUCUGCCCUUCAUGACCUGCCAGAAAUGAUUAAAUCAAUGAGGGAGUGUGUGGAGUGUGUCAGGGCAUUGAUGUCCUCGUUCGGGGGGACCCCUUCAUCUGCAAUAUCAUCUUCUCCUGUGGACAGUGCAAUUGAACAGACCGCAGAAGUUUGUCAGCAACAAAAAAGUACUAGUACUGUGUCCAAAGUAAAGAUAGAUAAAGAUAGUAAAGAUAGAUCUCGCAUGAGCAUUUUUGCCCAGGAGCUGGCUGUCCUGGUAUUCACAAAGGAGGGCCUCGCACAGUCCACCCUAACUGGAAAGUCUGGGAGGUGGGGGCCGCCAAAAACACAGCUUGAUGUUGCCAAAGUGCAGGCUAUUACAGACGCUGUUCUUCUGGAGUUUCCGCAGACAAGUGUCUCUGAUGUGCGCACGGCCAUCAGACGAAAAUGUAACAAUGAGCAGUUCAGCCAAAAAAAAGGAAAAUAAUGUGUGGUGGGCGUGUUUUUGUAUGGUGCGAGGGUUUAGGGGUGCAAUAAUAAGGAAUGUUGUUUUUCAUUGUUCAGUAUUCCUCUGUGUUCUUUAAAGUUUAUUUGUAAUGUUUAGGUCUGCUGCCUGACAUUGACAUAUUUCUACAAAGUGUACUAAAGUACCAAUAUUUGAAAUUGUGUUGUAAGUUUUAUAAUGAAAAUGGUUAAAGUCGAUAUGUAAAUGUUUAUACAUUCAGAUAUAUUACAAGUUGUUGUAUUAUUUGUAAUGUACUAUAAUUUGGACAUGUUUCAAAUACAUUAAAGUAUAUUUUUUCACCUGCAUGGAAGUAUAAUAUCGACAAGUCUUUCAGCAUUUAGUAUACUGUUAAUACAUUUGCAAGAAUGUGCAAGGUAGAAAGUAGUAUAGCAAUGUAAUGAUAAAGUAUAUUUACUAUUAACUGCAAAGUAUGCUUUUUUAGUAAUUGGAAUAAGCCAACAGUAUAAUUAAGCAUAUUAUUACCACAGUAAGAGUAUAUUAAAAGUAUAAAGCUUAUAUAUUUUUAAGACACUAACAAAUAAUUUUUAAUGUAGUUAUAAUACAACCAUAGUGCACUUUAAUUUGACUAAUUAAGCAUAUAUUAGUACAUAUAAACUCAUAUACUUAAAGUAUACAAAAUAUACUUUAAGUUGUUCCACUUUAGCACAUCAAAGUACACUAAAUACACUUCAAGUUGAGCUUGUCCACAAUUUAAUUACAAUUAAAAUAUAUUUAGUACAAAAUUAGUUGUUCCAAAAUAGCAUGCUUCAAGUUAACUAAUCAUAAACACACUUAAAGUAUAGUAAUGAUUAGUGUGCCUUCAAGUACACAAAAGUAUGCUAAAUUUUAGUACACUUAGCACAUUUUUUUUUCAGCAGGGUACACAAU